GAUGGCUCAAGUCCCUUAUCCGAUUCCCCCUCCAUCUCCCUUGGUUCUGUUCCCCCCUCAUCGGGCGGUUCUCUUCCCCCCUCCACCUCCAGCGCGCCGGCCCCCCGCGCAUGUCGCUGGCCAGCUCCGCCGCGCACGAGGUCGAGCUGGAGGAGGGGCGCGACGCAGGGCAGCCCCGGCGCCCGCGGGUCAAGGUGCUGGGGCGGAGGUACGGCGAGCUGUCCAACGAGACCACGCCGGGCGCACGCCAGGGGGCGGCUCCCACGGCACGCCGUGCGCCGCCCCGACGGGCGCGGGGGCAGAGGGCCUGUCGCCCCGGCAGGUCCAGCGGCCCACAAGGAACUGCCCCCCGCCGCCUCCGAGACCGCGCGCGUGGUGGUGAAGGGCGUGGGUAUCGGCCUGGUGGUGAUCGUCCUGGUGGUGGCCGUGGCCAACUGGCCUCCCUGGAUGAUCGAGGACUGGGGACGACGACGCGAGAGCCCAGGUCCUCACAGCCCUCUUCGUGGUCGGGCUCUUCGUCGUGGCCCUGGAGGACUUCGGGAUUUCUUGGACGUCAACAAGUCCUCCGUCAUGCUCAUCAUGUCGGCGACCAUGUGGGCGUUCCUGGCAGUUGGGUACCACCCGACCAGGUCGGAGGCUGGCUACCUGCAGCUGCACGAGGAGCUCAGCAAGGGCAUACAGGACGGACGUGGGCAGUGUCAUCCUUUUCCUCCUGCCCGCCAUGGGCGUCGUGGACAGAGUCCAUCGACCACCUCGACGGCUUCGUCGUCGUGA